AUGAUUCUCGGUGCUUAUUUGAUUGGUAAUAUGACCGCACUAAUUGUGAAAGGAUCAAAGACAGAAAGAUAUAGGGAUAAAAUGACAGACCUUAUCAAAUAUAUGAACAGAAAUAGACUUGGGAGGGAUGUCCGUAACCAAAUCAAAGGUCACUUGCGGCUACAAUACGAAAGCAGUUACACUGAAGCUGCUGUUCUUCAGGAUAUCCCCAUCUCGAUUCGUGCCAAGGGAAAGGAAUCCAAUCUCCGAAUAAAGCAUCUUGAAUCUGAUGUCACAUUUCAUAUUGGAAAACAAGAGGCUGAACUUGCUCUGAGGGUGAAUAGUGCAGCUUAUAAUGGUGAUCUUUAUCAGCUAAAAAGUUUGAUCCGAGGUGGAGUGGAUCCAAACAAGAAAGAUUAUGAUGGAAGAUCACCACUGCAUCUUGCUGCAUCAAAAGGAUAUGAAGAUAUCACCCUUUUCCUCAUUCGGGAAGAGGUAGACAUCAACACUUCAGAUAAUUUCGGAAACACACCCUUACUCGAAGCCAUCAAGAGUGGACACGAUGAAGUUGCUUCCUUGCUUGUCAAACAAGGAGCCGUGUUGAAGAUUGAUGAUGCUGGUGGUUUCUUGUGCACAGUCGUUGCAAGGGGGGAUUCAGAUUUACUCAGAAGGGUUUUGUCCAAUGGCAUUGAUCCAAACUCCAAAGAUUAUGACCACCGAACUCCACUUCAUGUAGCUGCCUCCCAAGGAUUCUAUCUAAUGGCAAAGUUGCUUUUGGAUGCCGGGGCUAGUGUUUUCUCAAAGGACAGAUGGGGAAACACCCCACUUGAUGAAUGGAGAAUGUGUGGAAACAAGAAUAUGAUCAAACUAUUGGAAGAAGCAAAAUCUACUCAAUUGUUUCAAUUUCCUGACUGUUCCCAAGAAAUCACAGAUAAAAUGCACCUGAGGAAAUGCACAGUGUUCCCAUUCCACCCAUGGGACCCCAAGGAAAAUAGAAGAAAUGGAAUCGUUUUGUGGGUUCCACACACAAUUGGAGAGCUCCUUAAAACGGCAGCAGAGCAGUUAAACAUAUCAGCUGGUUCUUGUAUAUUAUCAGAAGAUGCUGGUAAAAUUCUUGAUGUGGAUAUGAUCAGUGAUGGUCAGAAAUUGUACUUGAUCAGUGAAACACAUUAG